AUGCGAACCCACAUGUCGGAAAUUAGCGUCAAGCUGCAAGCCUGCAAGUGACUCAUGCGCCGGCCGCUUCAAUCGUCGGCGCCUUCCACUCGCGGUCGCAGGAGCUCAGCUCGUCGUAUCUUAUCUAUCGCCAUUCGCCAGCCAAAACCCCACCCGAGAGGCGGAGACUGCGUUGCGUGGACGGCGGACUAAACCCUACCGCCCUUCGUCUCUGGUCCAUGAUGGGGCCCUCGACCAUGGCGGCGCGGGCAGCGGGCUGCUGCUCCUCGGCGGCGCUCGCCUUCUUCCGUCUCCACCCCCUCCGAUGCGCCGUCCGCCCGGCCGCCGCUCUCGUUGGAGGGUGCUCCUCUGGCCUCCGCGGCGGCUGCCGGAGCCGCCUGGCGCAUAGCAUCGUGGACUUGGUUAUGGAGGAGCUCCGCUCCCGCCGGCGCGUCCGGGUCUCGGCGAAGAUAGGAUUGCAGGGCACGAAGGAAUUGCCUGACAAUAAGAUAGUCAAGAGAACAUUACAGAAAGGAUUGCUGCUUGAAUUUCAGAAAGAUCCUGAGAGAUCUUUGCUUGCUGUAGUUGAAAGGCCUGAUGGAAAGAAAAACUGGAUGGUGACUGAUCAGAAUGGUGUCAUGUCUUCGAUAAAGCCCCAGCAGGUUACAUAUGUUGUACCUGGUAUCAUGAAUUUUGACUAUUCAAAAAUAGACGAAUUUCUUGAGAAAACGCAAAAUCUUUUGGACCCAACUAUUUUAGAAUGUGCUUGGAUGGAGCUGUCUGAGAAGGAUAAAUCAAUAACAGUUGAGGAAUUUGCAGAGAUAGUGUAUGGUACCAAGGAGUCUUUGGAAAGCUACUGUGCACAUCUCUUGUUGUCAAGGGAUGUAGUGUAUUUUGUCAAGGUAGAGAGCAGAGAUUAUUCCAUGUACCAACCUCGUUCACCUGCUCAGGUAGAGGAACUCCUACGACGGAAGCUUGCUAAAGAGGCCGCUGAUAAGGAACUGGAAGAAUUUGUCCAUUUACUCAAGUCUGCCAAAGCAUUGCCUAUGGAGUCCAAGCCUCCUAAAGCGUCAUGGUUGGUGGAAGAAAAAGUCAGGCAAAAAAUCGAGUCUCUUCAAGCAUAUGCAGUUGAUGCAUGUGAUGAUGAACAAAGAAGACUAGCAGGAAAUAUUCUCAAAGCUAUGGGAUUCACGAGGACAUCAUCAGCUGCUCUAAAGCUUCUUAUAAAUGUUGGAUACUUCCCUGUGCAUGUCAAUCUCGACCUUUUCAGGUACGAUGUCCGUAUAAGGUACACAGAUGAAGUUUUGUCAGCUGCAGAGGAGCUUCUGGUGGACAGCCCUGACACAGACAUGCAUAUCAGGAAGGAUCUUUCAACUUUGAAAGUGUACGCCAUUGAUGUAGAUGAGGCUGAUGAACUUGAUGACGCAUUGAGCGCAACCAGGCUUCCUGAUGGUAGAAUAAAGGUCUGGAUACAUGUUGCUGACCCAACAUGCUUGGUCAAACCUCAUAGCAUCAUUGAUAGGGAGGCAAUGCACAGAGGAACAUCAAUCUUUCUACCAACCACUACUUUUCCGAUGUUCCCAGAGAGGCUUGCCAUGAAUUCUAUGAGCUUGCAGCAGGGUAAAGAAUGCAAAUCUGUAACUGUAUCUGUUAUUUUAAACCUAGACGGGAGUAUUGCAGAAUAUACUUUAGAAAAUUCAGUCAUCAAACCUACUUAUAUGUUGACAUAUGAGAGUGCAACUGAAUUGCUUUACAUGAACCUGGAAGAAGAGGAAGAACUAAGGAUUCUUCAAGAAGCUGCUAGGAUUCGUGAACAGUGGCGUCGUAGCCAGGGUUCAAUAGACACUGCGAUGAUAGAGCCACGUAUAAAGGUGUCAAAUCCUGAUGAUCCUGAACCAAAUAUCAAUCUAUAUGUUGAAGAUCAAGCCAAUCCAGCAAUGCAGCUUGUAUCUGAAAUGAUGAUACUUUGCGGUGAGGCAGUGGCUGCUUUCGGUUUUGACAACAACCUCCCUUUGCCAUAUAGAGGUCACCCCCAGUCCAACACAGCAGUGUCAGUGUUCUCUCAUCUACCUGAGGGGCCUGCAAGGAGCUUUGCCAAUAUCAGCGUGCUCCGUGCUGCAGAAAUGGAUUUUCAAAAACCUGUACCACAUGGUGUACUUGGUAUUCCUGGUUACGUGCAGUUCACCUCUCCUAUCCGAAGAUAUGUUGACCUGCUAGCUCAUUAUCAGGUUAAAGCUUUUCUUAGAGGUGACUCUCCACCAUAUUCAGCUGGCGAUCUAGAAGGAAUGACAUUUAUUGCGAGCAUGCAUGUUAAAGUAGCUAGGAGGCUUCAUAGCAAUAGCUUACGGUACUGGCUGUUGGAAUACUUGAGGCGACAACCAAAGGGGAGAAAGUACAGAGCACUGAUUCUGAAGUUUGUCAAGGAUCGUAUGGGAGCUCUGCUUUUGGUGGAGGUUGGGAUGCAAGUUACAACGACAAUUUCACGUGGGAAAGUGGGAGAUCAAGUCAGUGUUACUGUGGAAACAGCUCAUCCACGUGAUGAUAUAUUAUCAGUCAGAGAGGUUGUAGAGGACACCAAGGAUUCUGAGUAAAUGCAUGUGACGAUAGCUUAUCAGACAAAGAGGUUAUAGAGGACACCGAGGAUUCUGAGUAAAUGCUUGCAAAGCUCACUCGCACUUUGCAGUCUUGUGUUCCUCUGCCGUUUACUGCUGUUCAUUUUUGUGGCAGUGAUAUAGGCGAUUUAUUACCUUGGAAAAUAUCUGCUGAUUCUUCAAGUUAGCGACUUGCGUAGCAUGGCUACAAUACAAAUGGUAAAAGGACUAGGGUAUUGGUCUUGGUGCCAAAGCUCAUUCCAAUUCGAGGACGAAAUGAUGAAAUCAUAGGUGGUUUUCAUUGGUAUACAGAAUACAGUCCGACAGUUCGUUUCUUCCGAGGUAGGUUCUCUUUGUGCCGAACAAGGUUCCAAGUGCUGAUAACUGGGAAUUUUGUAUAGCUGAACACGCAUGCAACAUUUUUGUACCUGAAUUUGGUACCUCUGACGUUGUCGGCACAUUCUGCUAUAUUUGAACACUGAGGUGGAUGAUCGAUGUACAGAAUAAUAAUAAUUCCAAUAUCAUUUCCUUAUAUGCCCUCAA